AUGUCUCCCAAGUCAGCACAACCCAUGUCUCCCAAGUCAGCACAACCCAUGUCUCCCAAGUCAGCACAACCCAUGUCUCCCGAGUCAGCACAACCCAUGUCUCCCGAGUCAGCACAACCCAUGUCUCCCGAGUCAGCACAACCCAUGUCUCCCGAGUCAGCACAACCCAUGUCUCCCGAGUCAGCACAACCCAUGUCUCCCGAGUCAGCACAACCCAUGUCUCCCGAGUCAGCACAACCCAUGUCUCCCGAGUCAGCACAACCCAUGUCUCCCGAGUCAGCACAACCCAUGUCUCCCGAGUCAGCACAACCCAUGUCUCCCGAGUCAGCACAACCCAUGUCUCCCGAGUCAGCACAACCCAUGUCUCCCGAGUCAGCACAACCCAUGUCUCCCGAGUCAGCACAACCCAUGUCUCCCGAGUCAGCACAACCCAUGUCUCCCGAGUCAGCACAACCCAUGUCUCCCGAGUCAGCACAACCCAUGUCUCCCGAGUCAGCACAACCCAUGUCUCCCGAGUCAGCACAACCCAUGUCUCCCGAGUCAGCACAACCCAUGUCUCCCAAGUCAGCACAACCCAUGUCUCCCAAGUCAGCACAAGUGUUCAUGACGGCGGGCAAGGGGUGGGGGGUGCGCACGCUGGAGCGGCUGCCGCGGGGGGCGUUUGUGUUUGAGUAUGCGGGCGAGGUGGUCACCAACACUGAGAUGGACGAGCGCAACCAGCAGCAGGCGAGGAACCAGCGCGGCACCUUCCCUAUCUACCUGGAUGCGGACUGGGCGGCGGAGGGGGGUCUGACUGACGAUGAGGCCCUGUGCCUGGAUGCCACGAAGCUUGGCAACGUGGCGCGAUUCGUCAACCACAGGUACCUCAUGGGCCUGCGCGUCCCUUCAACCAUAAGUGUUUUGUCAAGUCAGCCAUGA